UAUGACGUUGCGACGUAUUGACGCAGCCUCGUCGGUGGAGGCGACAGUGCCACCGACAGUAAAUGUCCUGUAGUUAUUUUUUUUAACCCGAGAUUUCUGUCCCAAAUCGAAUGACAGUCCAUGAGGGACAAAGAAACCCUUCAUGGAGUGAAAACCAUCGAAGAAUUGGCUGCAUGGAGGUCGUUGACAGUCCGCUCAAUCUCGCCCAUCAGCAGUGCAGGAAGGCAGAUCGCUUGCUUGCUGCUGGAAAGUAUGAAGAGGCGAUUUCUUGCCAUGGGAAAGCAGCAGAACUUCUGACAGAAGCAAUGAAGACCACAGACUGUAAGCAGGCCCGCGUGUCUAUGGAGCUGCAGAGGGACAGUCAUAUGAAACAGCAGCAUCUUAUCCAAGAACGCUGGAAGAGGGAAGCGCGUCGGGAGGCCACAAAAACUCGACCUGAUACGGUAGCACCAUCGAGUAGCCCGGCUCUCCUCACCCUAUCACAGUCAGCGGGUCAGCGCCAGCCCCACAGCUCCUCAGGCUCUUCAGCUGUAGAAUAUGGAGGAGGUAGGGAGAGAGAAUACGACACUCUACUCUACCAGCUUCAGACUCGACAGGCUGGAAACCCCCAGCCUUUGACACCCUGUCCUGGCUCUAAGACCACUAAAGAUGAUAAAACUCGCCUGGAAGAACAACAGACCACCAUUGAAGACUUGAGGCGCCUGGUCAACCAUCUGAUGGAUGAAAACCAGCGGCUCACCGCUGAGAACAAGAGGCUACAAUCGGAAAACACCCGGAUGCGGGCGGAGGGCGCAGACUUCGUGGAGCGCUCUGAGCUCUGGGUGCUCCCUCAAGCCGGGAGCCCCAUGGCGGCAGGGGGCGGCAAGGAGAGGAAAAGUACAGGAAAAGGAAAGGAGAUAGCCAUCCCUCAGCUGCCCCCACUGGAGAUGCCUGUUCAGGAGGAUCUGUGUUUGGAUGACCUGCCUCCUCUGGAGCUACCAGCGGACAUCCAAAAUGAACUGCAGGAGCUGCUGGACAAAGAUAAACUGUGAUAAAUACUUUUUUUCAAUACAUACACAUAGACGCCGGGGUUUAACAAAUGCUUCUUGGUUCAGAUGCCAAACGACCCUACAUUCAAAACGUAUGAUCAAAGACAAGUUGAAUGGAAUCAUGUCAAGUUCUACCACUAAUAUGCAGCAGAACCUCCCUAGAACUCUGCUCCUUCAUUUUGAGCACAAGAGAAGUAACACGCAUCAGUGAGCUGUGCAUUAGCCUUCAGGUAGACCACUGAUGAGAACUUCACGUGUAUUUAAUUGUUGCGAUUUACAACCCGAUGCACAUACUCUCACAGUACACCAGCUAAGCCGGGAGCCAUGUUCCCCUCAGGAUAUUUACUGCUACUUUUCAUUCUUUAUUAUUUUCAGUACCUUGGUCAUCACAACAGGGGCCCCCAAAAUGCAUUCGUACCGUUGUGUGGAGAUCAUCUACAAUAUAUCCAACAUAAUGAAGAAUUCAACUUGAUCAGUCAUGUUCCCUACAAGGUGGAUGGAACAAAUGUGAUUACAGUGAAGUAUAUGGGAAUUUGCCUUUGACUAUAUCGCAUAUUCCUAUAUAUUUUCCUAAAACUUUGUGUUCGAGAUGAAUAAACUCGUAUUCGUAUAUACUAUGGAGUUUUUCGGAGAUGUGUUGAAGGAAGUUCAUAUGGUAACCAACAAUUUCACACCAAACAUGCAAGACUACUGUGGUUUAAGUGGUUAUGGUUUGGUCAUUUCCCAGGCUAUAGUUUAGGUGCUACUUCCCUAAACUGGCCAAACAAUUAAACAAGAUAAUGAAAGGGGUUGUGUCUGUGUUGCUGUGGUAGCCGGAAGAACAUCAGCUAAAAGCGCAAGGAAACCGAAGGCGAUCCAAACCGCAAGCCAACAGUCCUUGACCACCGGCACAUGUCAUGAAUAAUUUCACAAAACGCACUUGGUAUGAAACACUUGGCCGAGCUUGAAAGCCAACACUUAGCUGCUCCAGUUGUGCAAGUAUCAUCCUUCAUAUCUACAUUUUCACAAUAACCAUCAAAAUCUCUCCUUUGAUACCAGGAUCCUUGUCAAUCUGUGGGAAAUGCUGGGGGGGAAAAAAGGUUUUAUGUCUUUUUCGAACUAAAUGGCUCUCGUCAAACAGGUUGAAAUACCAAGAUUUAUAUGAAUUAUCCCCAAAAAACAAAUGGUGGUAAGAGAUCAAGAAACAUGCAGUGAAAUGUACAUGUUAGUAUAAUAACGGCCCACGCCCUGAAAUGACUUGGCGGUAAUGACUAUACAGCAGUGGUGUAGGGUCAGGGCCAGCCACUACCAGAAGCACCGACCUACAUUUACAACUUAAAGGAGAACUGCACUUUUUGGACUCUGCACUUCCAAAUCCGAGGACAUGGUUCUCAGUCGGAAAAGGGUGUUGGGAGCGAGGUCUUGCCCCAGGUGGAGGACCUCAGGGUCUUGUUCACAAGUGAGGGGAGGUUGGAGCGUGAGGUCCCCAGGCGGGUUGACGCAGCAUCUGCAGUAAUGCGGAUGAUGUACCGGACCGUAGUGGUGAAAAGAGAGAUGAGCCGUAAGGCAAAGCUCUUAAUUUACCAGUCAGUCUAUUGUCCCACCCUCACCUGUGGUCAUGAGCUUAGGGCCUGAAAGAACGAGAUUUCGGAUACAAGCGGUUGAAAUGAGUUUACGCCAUAGGAUGGCUGGACCCACCAUAAGAGAGAGGGUGAGGAGCUUCGUAAUCCGGGGGGGGGCUCAGAGUGGAGCCAGUUGAGGUGGCUUUGGCAUUUAGUCCGGAUGCCUCCUGUACACCUCCCUGGUGAGGGGUUCCAGACAUGCCCAGCCAGGAGAAGGCCUCGGGGCAGACCUAGGACACGCUGGAGAGAUUGUCUCACAGGUGACCUGGGAACGCCUUGGUGUCCUCCCCGUGGAACUGUAGGAGGUGGCAGGGUCCUGGGAAGUCUGGGCAUCCCUACUGAGACUGCUGGCCCCGCAACCCGGACCCUGAUAAGCAGAACAAAAUGGAUGGAUGGGUGCACUUUUUUUCUUUUUUUUGCCCAGCAUCCACAAUACUUAUGUGAGACAUGAACACACGUCUUUCUUGUCUUUGUGCGUUGCUAUCACGAGGCACGUAAUAGGAUUCACCUGCUCCGCCUAUAGAGCCCUCUAAUAAAACACCUCCAAAAACGUUUUAUGGUUUUAUACACACUCCUGAUCAAAGUCUUAAGACCAGUAGAAAAGUUGCUAGAAUUUUCAUUUUGCGCAUUUGGAUCUUAAUGAGGUUUUAAGUAGAGCUACAAUAUGCAAAAACAAGAAGGGAGAGUGAGACAAAAAGCACUUUGAAAAAGUCAUUUAUUGAAAACAACAAUUAAACUGAAAUAGGCUGUUUAUCAGAUGAUCAAAAGUUUAAGACCAUCGCUCCAAAAAUAACAAAAAAUUCUCCAAACCAGAACAAAAAAUGUCCUCAGUAGGACUCAGUAAUGAGUAGCUCCACCGUUCUUGUUAAUCACUUCAAAAAUUGGUUUGGGCAUGCUUGAUGCGAGUGUUUCCAGGAGGCUCGUGGGAACAUUGCUCCAAGUGGUGAAGAUGGCUUCACCAAGGGCAUCGACUGUCUGCAACUGAUGGCCAUUUUUAUAAGCUUCCCUUGCCAUCCAUCCCCAAAUGUUCUCUAUGGGAUUUAAAUGAGGGGAACAUGUAGGAUGGUCCAAAAGAGUCCUUGGUCAAGCGAGCAUUGUGAACUGCAGCGUUGUCCUGUUGAAAAAGCCAGCUGUUACCACACAGACGAGGACACUCAGUCAUGAGGGAUGCCUGCUGCAACAUCUGCACGUAAGCAGCCGCCGUUUGACGACCCUGCACCACCUGAAGCUCCGGUGUUCCACUGAAUGAAAAAGCACCCCAGAUCAUGAUGGACCCCCCUCCACUGUGCCGGGUAGAAAACAUCUCAGGUGGGAUCUCCUUGUCAUGCCAGUAACGUUGGAAGCCAUCUGGACCGUCAAGGUUACAUUUUUUCUCAUCAGAGAAUAAAACUUUUUUCCACCUUUCAAUGUCCCAUGUUUGAUGCUCCCUGGCAAAGUCUAAACGGGCAGUUUUGUGGCGUUGAAGGAGACGAGGUCUUUGAAUUCCUUUUUUGUUUUUUAAACCCUUUUCUAGCAGAUGCCGUCUGAUGGUUAUUGCGCUGCAGGCGGCACCAGUAAGGGCCUUAAUGUGAGUGGAAGACCACCCUGUGUCUUGAUGGACAGCCAAUCGGAUCCUCUGGCUCAGCGCAGGUGUGAUUUUUUUGGGUCGACCACUUCACUUUUUUGUUCCAUAAUGCUCAGGAUCUUUCAAAAAAUGUAGAAUGACUGAUUUACUGCACCCAAGCUCAGCAGCAAUGGCACGCUGCAAGAGGCCUUGCUUAUGCAGCUCCACAAUCACGUAUGACCACGUUCAAAAAGAGAAAGUUUCUUAGCUUUAGCCAUCAGGAGGGAAUGACAGUGUGAAUGCCUGACAGAAAAUAACAAUUUUGAGCAUAUUUUGUUUUUUUAUAGCCUGUGGUCUUAAACUUUUGAUCAGCUGAUAAACAACCUAUUUCAGUUUUCCAAAUGCUUUUUGUCUCACUCCCCCUUCUUGUUUUUGCAUAUUGUAGCUCUACUUAAAACCUCAUUCCAAAUGUGCAAAAUGCUAAUUCUAGCAAUUUUUCAAAACUGGUCUUAAGACUCUGUUCAGGUCUGUACAUUCAUGAUAACAUGGAAUACUCCCAGUAUUUUGGUCAUUUUAAGCAUUACCAGAGCUUCCUUCCUGGGCGCGUUGAUUUCACAGCGCCAUAAUUCCCCAAACAGUGCAGUUUUCCUUUAAACUGUAUUUCUUCCAUUGUGUUCAUUUAUUCCCAUAUUAUGCUGCCAGUAUGUGGAUGUCAGAUUUCAGCAUCUGUGUGUUGUCAUGCCAAUGUGAUCCGUCCAGAGCCUCCAGAUUCAGACUCGCCUCACAGGGCCAGCUAGCAGGCGUACAGUAACAUCAGCAUUUUUGCAACUGUUUUGUUGCGGUCUGCAAGCCCACGCCUAACGCUCAAAUUUACCAGUGCACUUGAACGCAUCAUAUCGUACACAAGGUGGAUUAGAUCACUGAAGUACUCACUGUGUUAUGUGUUAUGUUUUUUCCCAUGACUUGACAUUGUUGAGCGCACCACAAACGAGAUGGUCCCUUGUCGUCCUGUCUUAACAAUAUCAACAACACUUGACCGUAGCGCUGUGAGCCACUUAUUUCUUCAGGAAUGUAGUUAACUCAACGAGAUAGUUGUUGUUGUGCUCACAAAUGAACUUUGAAGUGAAUGACAGUACGUGUAUUCAUUCAAAAUAGUUGGAAAAAAACAAAUGUAUGAAGUGGCAGAAUUAGCAUUUCUGCUAUUCGGACAAAUAUUUAAUGUCUGGCUUUCCCUUGCAGAUGACAAAAAGUCCUAAUUAUGAAAUAAAAAGUUGAAAUUAUGAGAUAAAAAGUCAGUUAUUCAAUAAAAACUCGACAUUAUGAGAGUCAUAAAUAUCAGAUAAAAGUCCUAAUUAUGAGAUAGGAAAGUCAUUAUCACAUAAAAUGUCAAAAUUAUGAGAUAAGAAGUUGAAAUUGUCACAUAAGUCAUAAUUAUCAAAAAGUCAAAAUAAUGAAAUAAAUCGAAAUUAUGUGAUAAAGUCAAAAUUACUCAAAAAGUCCAUUAUGAGACAGGAAAGUCAUAAUUAGGAGAUGAAACGUCAUAAUUAUCAGAUAAAAAGUCGGGAUUCCAUAUGAAUUAAUUCAAGUACUAUAAUAAAAACAUUAUAUUAAACAUUAGAAUUGUUAAAUUUGCUUCAAAUUAUCUUUAACGGGAAAAAAAACAAAUAAGCUUUAGUGAAUGAGCUAGCUUACCUGAAACUGCCAUUUUGGGGAAACCAUAGCCUGGGAUAGUCACAUGACUGUCACAUGACAACUACUCUUUGAACGGCACUUAGGAAGUGAAGCACAGAGCUGUGUAAGGCCUAGUUUAGUACACAUUUUAACGAGUGUUGGGUUCUUAUGGGUUAGCUUGGGAAGCGAGGCCCUAUAUUUUCUAAAUGGAGCAGCCGUUAUGGUGCUGUGUCUGUGUACUGUGCAAAGGUCGCCAUCUGGUGGCGGCUUGUGGAAGUAGCUGCAAAAUACACAGUCUUGAAGGAGGAGAGUAGCAAAACACGCUAAGGGUCAAACUUUUUUUUGUGUUGCGUAAGCUACAAAUGAAUCCUGCUGGAAAUAUAAAGCAGAAAAGUGUGUGAGUGAUUAUAUUGUUAUAUAAAAGUAUAUAAAGCCAUGCCAUGUUUGUAAAUUCUUUGACUCUACCAGGACGGGGCUGUCCUUUGUCACAGAUUCUGUUCAUUACUUUCAUGGACAGAAUUUGUGGCAUUGAGGGAAUCCCGUUUGGUGGCUGCGUGAUUUGGUCUUUGCUUUAAGUAGAUGACGUGGUCCUGUUGUCUGCAUCGGGCCACGAUCUUGAGCAGCCGAGCGUGAAGCAGCUGGGAUGAGAAUCAGCACCUCCAAGUCCAUAUUUCUCGCCUGGAGUGCCAUUUCCGGGUCGGGGUAUGAGCUCCUGCCCCAAGUGGAAGAGUUUAAGUACCUGGGGGUCUUUUUCACGGGUAAGAGAGGGCUGGAACGUGAGAUCGACAGACGGAUUGGUGCAGCGUCUGCUUUGAUGUGGACUCUCAUCAGUCCGUUGUGGUGAAGAGGGAGCGGCGCCGAAAGGCAAAGCUCUCAAUUUUCUGCUCGAUCAGAUCCUCAACUAUUAUCGCUGACUGAAAGGACAAGGUCCUGGGUACAAGCGGCCAAAAUAAGUUUUCUCCGUAGGGUGGCUGGGCUCUCCGUUAGAGAUAAGGUGAGAAGCACCAUCAUCCGGGAGAAAGUCUGAGUAGAACCGCAUUGAGAGGAGCCAGAUGAGGUGGCUCGGGCAUCUGGUCAGGAUGCCUCCCAGACGAGGUAUUCAGGACACAUCUGACUGGUAGGGGGCCCUCGAGGAAAACCCAGGACACGAUGGAGAGACUGUCUCUCUCAACUGGCCUGGCAGCACCUCAGGAUCCGCUGGACAAAGCAGUCGGGGAGAGGUAAGACCAUGCUUCUUGGAAAAGCGGAAGAAGUUGGAUGGAUGGAUGGAAGUGGCCCCUUUCCUUUCUAAUUUAAUGCAAAAUGACGGCACAACAACCUUCUCCCCGCACACAACACACAAACCAUUUGAUGCAUUAGCAUGCCUGGAAGUGAUGGCAUUUUUUAACUAACUGCUGUCAUAAUAAUGGUUGAAUUUAGCUUUCUUGCGUCCCCAUUAUCCUCACUUACUUUGCUUUGGCCUUUCAUGUCCGCAUUGGCCGAAUAACGACAACGAGGGAAAGUCAAAUGAGUAAAUUGACACCACAUUAUUUCCAAAACGGAUAUUCAUUUGUUUAAUUUUGCUGUAGUUAUUUACAUAUGUACAAAAAAGUGUCUUGAUGUUUCUAUUGUUUUCGGGGGGGAGCGGAUGCCAAUGUGGAUCGUGUGUCGGGAGAAGUUUGUUGUUCGGUGGUUGUGGAUUAAAGUAAAGGCAACUAAUACAACUUGCCACAAUGGCACUGAAGACGACGUUGACGUUCCCAUCCAAUACAAAAGUGUCAAACAACAAAAAAAACACUGCGCCUGUCACCCAUCUUAUUAUCAUCUUCUCCAGGCUAGCAUUGGUUGUUGUCAGUAUGCAUUUUGUGUUUUCAUUUGAUAUUGUGCUAUUGUUUGGUGUAUACUGCGGUAUAUGACAACAGCAUGUUAGGUUGGGGGCCACUGCUUUCAAUGGAUGACCUACUAAGACAAAAUGACACAAUGACACGCGUGUUGUUGCCACAGAAAACAGGCAUCUUAAUUUAAUUACAUUUACAAUCCAGUAAUCCACAAAACAGUCACCCAAAACGCCAGCCCUGCUACUCUACUUAAAGCUUGUGGUGUAUCAUCAUUUAUGAACAUUGGACAGACACAAUGACCACGUGCAAUGUUUGGCUUGUUGUGACACCUCCUCAGGAAAGUCAGUUAGCUUUUGGUUACACAUUACGCAGCGUAAAUAAAAAGAUCCUGACUGCAGGACCCAAUUUUUUAGAGGAUUACAGAUGAUUCCGGUGUAAAAAGCGCACGUGUCCAUGUCAUAAAAUGGCAUAUUGUGGCGCACGCGAGUCCAUGAGGACCAGGCAGCUCUUUAUUUGACAGGCGCCAAUCAUGUGCUAUGAAAAAAACUCAUGACAAGCUUGUCAACCCAUUGGAAAUAUCAGGAGGUCAUUAAACUCAUCACACAACAACUUGACACUCAAAAGUAUACCUAAGAAAUAUACAAACAUGUAUCAAUACGAGUUAAAAACGGAAAAUCCCAACAUUUUGAAGUUUUACCAUAAUCCAUUUCGUUUGAGCAAAGCAGCAUCGAAAAUGGGUGGAUGGUGCUGCAGUACUGCCUGUGUCCACCAGAUGGAGCCGGAGGAGCCUAGAGCGAGGCUGACGUUAUUGCAGCACCUCAAUGAAUGUGUUACUCAGACGCAAUGCAUAAAGGGAAAACAGGUUUUUCAAUUUUAAACUCAUAUUGGUACAUGUUUGUAUAUUUGUUAGGUAUACCUUUUGAGUGUUACGUUGCUGUGUGGGGAGUUAAGUGUUCUUAGUAAGAUGACACCGUGAGUCAGACUCUUAUGUUGUGAUACUGACUCACGAGUGGCACAGUAUUUAAACAACUAGUACUUGUAGUAGCUCUGAAAUAAAGGAGAUGCCAUGAGAGUAAAAUUUAGCCAUAAAUUAGCCGCAUCGCUGUAUAAGCCGCAGGGUUCAAAGUUUAAGAAAAAUGUAGUGGCUUCUACACCGGAAUUUACGGUACUCUUAAAAAUCUUUAAAAAACAAAAACAAAACAAAAAAAAAGUCGUCCCUCAUUUGUUUGGAAAAGCACACCUGGUUGUGUUAGUACACAAAGGCGUCAUUGGUAUAGAUUACACUACACUACAAUUAAGAUGUAUUUUAGAACAAUACACUAUGCAUAAAAACACUCAAUUAGAGUCUGGUAAUAUUAAUGAUCAAUCUAUAUAAUAAUAAUAAAAAAUAUAUAUAUAUAUAUAAUAAAAAAAAAAAAAUAGCACUACCAUUAAAAGUGACUACGUCCCCUGUUUGACCUUUAAUUCAAUGUCUUUGCUAUCCUUCAUUCAUUAUUUUCAAGGAAAUGCUUUAUAAUUACCAGAGAAUCACUCAUGGAGACAAUGACUGCAGGGUGUUUAGACGGCUGGCUCAUUUUUACUGGUUUUACUGGAGUGUCUUAGCAGUUAAAAGAUUUAUCGAGGAUAGGGUCAGGCCGUUCAGUGUCACCUACAUUUAAUUAUUUUUAGAAAACUGAGAUGGCAAGCAAACACAACAGCAGUAAUAAAAAAGCUUUGGGAUGAGAUGCAUACACAAAAACAGCUAUUAAUACAUAACAACCCUUCUGAUCCAAAGGAUGCAGACAAAGAUAACAUGAAAAUAAUACGUUAAGAAAAGUUUGCGAUGUAACAACCUGGCAUGGAUUAUUUCUACUGUGGAAAAAAUAAUCUGAAAUAACAAAUUGUUGGUUAUCUUAGCGGAGGAUGUUGAGUUUGACUUUACAGCAGCGGUGCCCAAUCUUUUUUCACCAUGCGGAAAAACCAAAGGAUGUGCUUUCAUGUCAGCUUUGUGUAGUUAUAAGUAGGGGUGUCGAGACACUCAUUUCAUGAGACGACGAUACGCGCUAUUGGGUCUACGAGACGAGACUUUACUUUUAAGAAAAGUACAAUGAAAAAAUACAUGACAAUAUAUUGCAAUCUACUAAUUUAAUUUCUACUACGUUACACUCUUCUGCACUGUGUGUAUGCCAGCGGCCCCGCCUCCACCCACCACCGAGACAAAGACACUUUAUAACUGACAAAAGGUAUCACUCCUUUCAUGCCGUUGUUCUAUGGAACAAACACGCUAAGGUGCUGAAACCAAUGCACAGAGUGAACUCUCUUCCUGCCUGUUUGGAGGCGACAGAGGAGUUAAAGAAGACACGCAUGCAUGUGGCAAUGUAUGGGGGCCGGCAAAAUGAUCAAGUUCAUUUCCUUUAUUGUGUGAUGAAUUUAUUUACUUUCGUCCCAGGCCCAGUGCCCACGAGACAGUUUUUUUCUGAACAACAAAUUUUGUCACGUUUUGAUCUCGCGAGAUUAAAACACCCCUAGUUAUUAGCAUCAACAAAAGUUUUCUCCUGUAAAUACAUCUUUUUGCUCUCCCCCCCCCAUGUUGAUUGUUGUUUGUAAUUGUAUGUCUGCCAGGGGCUAAUAAAACAUUAGUUUGGACACCCCAGCUUUCGCGAUUCCACUGGAUGUAACACAGCACUGUAUUCUCCCACUAGUGUUUUACUCAAGCGUGGUGACUCUUUGAAAUGCCUUCAUCAUAAAAGUGUGUCCUACAAGAAACUCUUGGCUCGGACUAUUCCACACUGCCAUAACUGCCAGGUUAUGUCAGGCGAGAAUGGUAUCCAUAGAGGCGGUAUGUAGAGCCAUUAAGAUGUUAAGUGUUAAAAUAGUUUCUUCAUAAAAAUAGACAAAUGGCGUCUUUGUUCAUAGUGUUUGACAUUUUAGAUAGUAGCAUCUUCCAUAACGGGUGAGAAAUCUUGCCAAAACAGCAUGCAUUAACUGUCUUUUUCUUAUAAUAACAAUUCAAUAAAUUGUUUAGUGUCAAAAACGACCUGCAAACACUUAAAACAGACCGACUGAAUUACUUAAAAAUUGUAGUUCAUCAAAUGACAAGCUACUUUGGACAAAAUAACACUUUUAUAAAGCAAUCUUACUAGAAGAAUUAAUAAAAAAUACUAUCACCUAUGUGUGUGUGUGUGUGUGUGUGUGUGUGUGUGUGUGUGUGUGUGUGUGUGUGUGUGUGUGUGUGUGAGAGAGACGAGAAGAGGAGUCUUCACAUGCCGUAGUUGACAGAACUCAGCGCUGGUCUCUUCUUGCCUUUAAUCUUCAGGGAUCCAUAGCGCGCCUAGCAGAAAACAGACAAUUAGGCAGAUUUGGUGGUGAUGACUUUUCCCUUCUUUGAUCCAAAAGAUUAGAACACUUACAUCUUUACGGACUCUGGAUCGUGUUAUCUUGACACUCUGAGAUCGCCUCAGUCCUUUCUGAGAAAGAGCCUCAUCUUCAGAGAAGGUUGGCUCAGCCUCGUCGUCGCUCCUGUCGUCCUCGUCAUAAAAGUACUCUGAAAACACAAAAGUACACAAUCUGACUUAGAGCUGCAACAAUUCAUUAAUGAUACUUAAUUAUCCAUUUAAUUUCAGCCUCCCAGUUGUAUUACUUUUUAAUUUGCUUAGGUCUGCGUUCAUGGAUGACUAUUAUCUUUGUGUUUUAGGCAAAACAGGAUAUUCACACACCAGAUUUGACUUUGGAAAACACUGAUUUACAUUUUGGCCUCUUUCCUGAUAUGAAGCGGACCAAACCACUGAGUAUUUGUGUUUGGUUCGUAUUGAUUUGGUCCAUACGGGGCCUGACCGAUUACUCUAUUAAUCAAAACAAGCAGCCCUAAUUUGAAUCAGACGUUUUUAAAAUAAGGAAAAGUAAGCCUCACCUAAACCUUACUCACUGUUAUAUAAAUCUGGCCAGCGCUGCAAUUCAAUCCGGCUCACAGAACCUGCCUCCAGUGCUGCCCACACUGGUGUAUGUAUGAAUGUGAAUGAAUGUUUGAUGCUGUCGUAGAGGCCGGAGGCGCGAAUUGGCAGCCACGUUUCCGUCACACUGCCCCAGAGCAGAUGUGACACAGAUGUACCUUUCCACCACUAGUGUGUGACUGGGGAGUGAAUGAAUAAUGGGUUCACUUCACUGUGAAGCGCUUUGGGUACCUAGAAAAGCGCUAUAUAAAUCUAAUCCAUUAUUAUUAAUAAUAGCAUUGACUCGUUGACCACAAAGUAACUGCAAUGAUCUACCAAAUCAAGUAAUUAUUCCGGUAUCAAUUACUCCUCCGGCGAUAGAAGAAUCUAAGCAUCCAUAGUGUUAUAUAUAACACAAAUUGCACACCCAUUCUGAGUAAGGGUGCCAGAUUCACACCACAAGGAACAAUAGCUUAACUGUACACGACUACAAAAGGCAUAAGACAGUCAACAGUGAUCCAUUUUAAUCACAGCAAAGCAUGCUGGGAAACAUGUAAUCCGCCCAUUCUACAGCUGCAAACUCUUCCGGGUUACACAUCUUGCGGAUUGUAAUGUUUCUGUGUGGAUAUAAAAUACUGUAACUUUUGACAAGGCGCUGAGAGCAGGACGAGAUCAACAAUCACUUUACUGAAACAAACAACCACGCCAAAUCAGGUCUCAGAGAUUGGAAAGUAAAUAGAUGAAGCAGGAAUGAACGGACACUCUGAUGUGGUAAAAAAAAAAAAAAAAAAAUCCACCCACAAAAGUGGAGUUUGGAAAAAAAAAAUGUAUGUCCACAUACAAACACAUUCGCCAACUGUCCCAGCUUGACUGGCUGGCGCGUUAUAUUGGUGUGUUCCAAGCCCGAUAAAAGGUAUGUAGGCCGCUUACUUAUCUAUUUGUCAGGUGUCUGUGCUAAUGUGGCAUUUUUUUCUAAAAUCUGACCAUACUAAAUACUAUUUCCUGUCAUGUUUGCAUGUCCACACGGAAACGUUUUCAGGUCAAAACCAGGUAUUUUAAGUAUUAAGGCUAAGUAUUUUAUCCUUUCCGCCUUUUCAACUGCGUUCUUUUGAAAACGGCUUCCAGAGGGGGAAAAUCUGAAAACGCCGGCUUGUCGUUUUGUGUAGACGAUCAAGCCGCUGCUUUCUGAAAACGAGGACGUCACCGCCCCUUGUCCGUCACGUGACCAGACGUGACAAGCCGACAAAAUAUCUGAAUACUUCGACUAUACUUCGAUAUGACUCGCAGACGUGCUUUCACUUUUUCGUCAGUCUAGACAAGCCCUGGAAAGCUGCAGACGUCGGACUUUAUGCGCAUGCAUUCCUCCUUUCGUAGAUUUGGUAUCACGUGGUUUUGUCUGCGCCGCAGGUAGGUGUACCUUAUGUAUUCCAUCGUUUACACCCAAUGAUACGUUCCUGUCUGGAUGCAACUAUUUAGUAAUUCAACAGUGUGGACGCAAUUGGUUUUCAACCUGGCCAAAAAACAAAAAAGAAAUCCAUGUGGACUUGGCCUUAGUUGGGACAAGUGUUUUGGUGUGUGCCGGCACUGGCGGUCUGUCUGCUGGGUUCCUGACCUCAAUGAAACACAUUAAAAAUAUGCUGUGAUUGUCAGUCACGGCUAAGGGCUCACAGUGACGGUAAGUCAGUAGUAUUCAUAAUGUGUUUGUACAGCCUUUGAAGUUGAUGUUUUACAUUUUCACACACACAGGCAGGGGAAAAGGGUAGUGAAGCAAAUAGCGUUGCAGAAGCCACCCCCUUAAAAAGUUGUACAUGUGGACGCUGUUCAUAAUGAGACGAGUAUGGAAUAAGAGAUAAACCCAUAACAAUCCCCUCAGCUGCCAAAGAGCGUAACACAAAAAACAUUACGUGAAACCCUCCAUAGCAGAGGAACUAUAGGGAGAAAUUAACAGGGGAGCUUCGCCUGUCAUCCUUUCUAUGUCUUUCUGCAGCACCGCUGAGCUCAAUACAUAAUACAUCAUUCCUCUCUCAGCAAGUUCCUGUUUUCAUGCAUCCCACCCCUCCAUUUCAUGUGAAUCAUGUGAAGUCAUGUGAAUGCCAGUCAUGUGAAAAAAUUAGGACACCCCAUGGUGUAACUCUUCCACUCCUAACCCACUGCCCACAAAAGGGCAAAACACGCACUACUGCUGUGUUGCCUGUGCAAUUAUGUCUCUGACAAAUACACCACAUGAUGCUAUUCAAAGUUUGACCAAAUAUAUCACAUUGACAGACAAAAUAUGGUACACUCCUUUAGGGGGCUGUAAAUUUGAGCACAAACGUGUCUAAUGAUUAGAAUACUUUGGAGGAUAUCUUUACUACUUGUGUGUAGCAGGUUUUCCAAAGUAUUUAGAGCACAAACCAUAUGGGUCCCAUGCUACGAUUUAAAAAUCGUGCUUUACAACACAAAUAUCGCAAAAUCAAUGACUCAUUCAGUCUACAUCCAUCCAUCCAUUACGAUGCAUCCGUAAAGUAUUCCACAGUUGGGCCGCACAAGGACAUUCACAGAGUUGUCCUGAAGCCACUCCUUUGAGAAGCUGGCUGUGUGCUUUGGAACGUUGUACUGCUGAAGGAUCCCCCCCCCCGCCCCAGUCUGAAGAGCAGGUUUUCAUCCAGGAUGUCUGUGUACAUUACUGCAUUCAUCUUUCUUGCUAUCCUGACCAUUGUCACAGUAUGAUGGUGCCACCCCCAUGCUUCACUGUAAGGAUGCUAUUGGCCAAGUGAUAAGAGGUGCCUGGUUUCUUCCAAACAUGACAUCUGGCAUUCAUGUCAGAGUUCAAACUUUGUCUCAUCAAACCAGAGAACUUUGUUUUUCAUGGUCUGAGGGUCCUUUUGCCAAACUCUAUGCAGGUUGCCAUGUGCCUUUUACUAAAGAGUCUAUCAUGCUGGCCUUAUUUGUGGAUUGCUGCAGAUAUGGUUGUCCUUCUGGAAGAUCCACAGAGGAAAGCUGGAGCUCUGUCAGAGUGACCACUGGGUUCUUGGUUACUCCCCGACUAAAGCCCAUCAUCUCCUAUUAUCGCUCAGUUCAGACCAGAGGUGUCCAGAUUUUCCCAGCGAGGGCCCCAUACGAUAAAAUCCAAGGAUAUGGGGUCCACUUUGAUAUUUUACAAAGAAAAAAACAGCCUGCAUCUCAGCUUUGUGUUUUAGGUGACAAUGUAUUAUUGCUUUUACACCAUAGCUUGUUUUUCCUUUUUUGCUGUUCUUUUUGUUGACGUUUUUCAAUUUUACAAAUAUUUCAACUGUCUUCUCGUCAUUUUUUUUUCAUAACACUGACUUUAUUCCCAUAACAUUUGGACUUUAUUACAACAUUUUCCCAAAACAAAUUUUCAAAAAAUUGCUACUUUAUUCUUUGUUUUGUUUCUAGUGUUGUCAAAAUAAUUGUGCAAAUUGUCAAAUGUUUUUUUUCCGCCCCUCAUAGUAUUACAAUAUAUCAAAUUUCUUUUUCUUAAGGUUUAAGUUUUUUUUAUGUAUUUUUUUAAUAUAAAUAUCAUGUCUUUAUUCCAAAAUUCCAGUAAAGGUUGGAUGGACAGCGUUUGUGAACGGCAGUUUUCAGAUCUUCCCACAGAUUCUCAGUGGGAUUCAGGUCUGGACUUUGACUUGGACAUUCUAACACCUGGAUAUGUUUAGUUUUGAACCAUUCCAUUGUAGAUUUUGCUUUAUGUUUAGGAUCAUUGUCUUGUUGGAAGUCAAACCUCCGUCCCAGUCUCAGGUCUUUUGCAGACUCCAACAGAUUUUCUUCCAAAAUGGCCCUCUAUUUGGCUCCAUCCAUCUUCCUAUCAAUUUUAACCAUCUUCCCUGUCCCUGCUGAAGAGAAGCAGCUCCAGACCAUGAUGCUGCCAUCACCAUGUUUGACAGUGGAUGUGGUGUGUUUAGAGUUAUGUGCCGUGUUACUUUUAGGCCAAACACAACGUUUUGCAUUUUGCCCAAAAAGCUCAAUUUUGGUUUCGCAGCAACAUUUUUCCACGUUUGGUGUGUCUCCCAGGUGGCUUAUGGCAAACUUCAAUCGGGACUUUUAUGGAUUUUUUUGAGAAGUUGCUUUCUUCUUGCCACUCUUCCAUAAAGGCCAGCUUUGUGCAGUGUGCGACUAAUAGUUGUCCUAUGGACAGAUUCUCCCACCUCAGCUGUGGAUCUCUGCAGUUCAUCCAGCGUGAUCAUGGGCCUCUUGGCUGCAUCUCUGAUCAGUUUAGAGGGAUGGCUGGGUCUUGGUAGGUUUGUAGUGGUCUGAUACUCUUCCAAUUUCAAUAUAAUUGCUUCAACAGUUCUCUCCGAGAUGUUUGAAGCUUGUGAAAUCGUUUAAUAUCCUAAUCCUGCUUUAAAUUUCUCCACAACAGUAUCUCAGACCUGCCUGGUGCGUUCCUUGGUCUUCAUGAUGCUGUUUGUGCUUUAAACAGACCUCUGAGACUAUCACAUAGAAGGUGCAUUUGUACUGAGACUUGAUUACACACAGGUGGACUCUCUUUAUCAUCAUCAGUCAUUCAGGUCAACAUUGGAUCAUUCAGAAAUCCCUAGGGAACUUCUGGAGUGAGUUGGCUGCACUGAAUAAUAUUGCAUGGCCCACUUUUCAAUGUAUUUCUAAAAAAAAAAGUUGAAAAUAUCUUAGAAAUUUUGCUCCACUUCAUCGUUGUGUCCCACUUGGUGUUGAUUCUUCACAAAAAAAAUUAAUUUUAUAUCUGUAUGUCUGAAGCCUGAAAUGUGGCAAAAAGUCAAAAAGUUCAAGGGGGCCAAAUACUUUCGCAAGGCAAUGUAGAUGUGAUUUUUUUGUAGUUUUUUACUUUUAAUAAAUUUGCAUACAUCACAAGAAAUGUCAUUCCUGUGUAUUGUGUGUAGACUUUCGAUGGGGGAAAAAAAUGUAUUUAAUCAAUGUUGGAAUAAGGCUGUAACGCUGUGAAUACUUUCCAGAUGCUCGUGAUGGGAAUUUCGUCUCUUUUCAGAGAACCAUUUGUUAUGGCUUGGCUCACUGAAACGAGGCAGCUGUUUUGGUUCCCAAAGUGGCUCCCCUCGGAUUUUUUUGUUGCAUAGUUUAUUACCAAAAUUAAAAUGGCUAUGUUUUGUCUUCCAAGCUGUACUGAUGGUUCGCCAGUUCUGAUGUACCUGCACAGAUUAUUUGAAGAGCCUGACUAUGUGAAAUUUUAAUCUUGCAUGCAGUACACUUGGCCUUGUAUUAUUAAUGCAACUGAAAAUGAUAGUGCACUUCCUGCAGUCGCUCAUUUUCUUACCUUUCCAGCAUGUUGUCUCUCUAGUGCCUGCCUCCCUGUCUCUCUAUGUUCCUGCUAUGUCUGUAACCCCCACCCCGUACCUCCUGUUCAGUGCCGCACCGGUCAAAUAAUUGACAGUUGACCAAUCACGUUUAGCUAAACAUGUAAACAUGGGGGGGGACACAACGCAGGCUCCCGGUCAGGAGCCAGCUCUGAUUUCCAAAGAGUCUGCUCAACGAGGUGUUUUUUUCAAGUCCAACACAUCGCUAAUCUCUGUCCUCUCCUCCCACCUGACCCCAAACGCCCUCACUAUGACUCACUGGCUAUGUCUGAGACACAGACAGCAGGAACGGAGCCAGAGUGUGUGUUUGACAUUCUACCAGCAUCCCACUCAGCCUCAUCUCACCCCCUCCCGUCUGCUGGGAAGUCACACACUCCCACUGUUGCACACACGCACAAGUCCACAAAUUGCUUUCAUUGAAAUGCCAGCCAACGUGCAGGUCUCUGCAAGCAAGGAAGCGAGGUUGGAAGGAACCAAGAAAAAUACAAAAAAACCCAACACAUUUAUUUGUUUCUGUUAGGCACUGACAUGUUCAUCUGAAUGUUUAUCAGUUGUUACUGUUCAUAACGCAAACUUUCAAUAAAUUCACGACAGAGAAAAAUUGGGUAAUUGCACCGAAUACAAUGCCUGUGAAUAUUGUCAUUCAUUCAGGUCACUGUAUUCUCAGGGUACUGAAACAAUCGCAACUGGACUGUUCCAGACGUCUUAGAAGAUGUUUUGCCUCUCAUCUGAACCUUUCUCAGCCUUCAUCAGUUCAUGCUCAAAGACUAGGUGGGACAAACACUAAUCAGACUGGAUAGGACAACUCUAGUCUGAGAACUUGGUGCAAGAUCCAGUGUAUUUGUAGGUAGGAGGCAGGUCCAGACAGGAAUGGUUUGGCUCUUUUGUGGUGUCAAAGGACUGCCAACGAUGGUCAUUUGGGUGCUAUUACCUUCGUUAGCAUUCCAUUCAGAUAUAAUGAUGGUCAUGGACUCACCUGAAACCAAGGUGGCUGUGUCUUUUUUAUUUGUUAGAGGCUCAAUGAUUGAAUCUUUUAGGAAUUAAUGAAAAGACAGCUUUGUAUGCAGGAGAAAGGUGGUGUUGCAGACCUCCCCCUCUGUUCAGAGAUCGUUUCUAAACCUUAACAUAGAUGACUUCCCUUACUCCUCUUUCAAACCAUCUGUCUUCUCUGCCCACAAUGUGUACAUCCUACAUUAGAGGCUAAAUACACUGGAACUUGCACCAAGUUCUCAAACUAGAGCUGUGCUAUCUAGGCUGACUAGUGUUUCUCCCACCAUUGUAACUUCCAAGGUUAAUGGAAGUAAAUGACUUUUAUUUUGUUUGAUUUUCCAUAAGAAACUAGAAAUGCUAGACUACAUUGGAAAUUACCAGGAAUCCUCCAAUUGUGGUUGUCCAAAUGAUACUGUAUGCAAAUCAAAAUACCAUAAGUUAACAAUAUAAUAACAUUUACACUGAUGGGCCACAAUUUUAUGACCACCUGCACAAUCUAAUGACAUGUAUGCAAAGUUCUGCCUUUAAAAAGAUGAUAAUGCUUGGUUUUGAUUGGCACCGCUAUGGAUGGGCCUUCCAGCAUGACAUUGACUCAAAACAUAGGGCCACAGCAACAGAGGAGUUGCUUAAGAAUAAGUACACUGAGAUUCUGGAGUGGUCUAGCUAGUCCAGACCUGAACAAAACCUUAAAACCAGCGACAGGCUUGAAACCUUUCUGGUGGCUCCGUUUUUUUCCCCUGGUGGGGUAGUUGUUCAA